AUGCCUGCCCUGACACAGACCCCCCCGACCGUCAAGGUCUUCAUCGCCGGAGGCUGCUAUGCCGGCUUGUCGGCUGCCCUCAACCUGUGUGAUCUCGGCCAGGGCCGUUCCCCACGCAUGUCUGGAGUCGAGUACCCCCAUCACCCAGACCUGCCCGAGGUUAACUUUGACAUCACUAUUGUCGACGAGAGAGAUGGUUACUAUCACCUGAUCGGAUCUCCUUUGGCCUUUGCCGAUUCGGACUAUGCCAAGAAGGCCUGGGUCCGCUACCAGGACAUCCCAGCCCUCCAGAACUACACAAACAUCAAGGUUCUCCAGGGCAGCGUGUCGUCCGUGGACCCGGAGAACAAGACUGCCACCAUCGUUGACAACGCCACCAAGCUGCCCAGCUCUCACAGCUACGACUACUUCGUUGCCGCCACCGGUCUCCGCCGUGUCUUCCCCGUGGUCCCCCAGUCCCUCACAAGGAAGCAGUAUCUCCUGGAGGCGGAGGAGCAGAUCUACUCCGUCCAGAACGCCAAGGAUGGAGUCGUCGUCGUCGGUGGCGGAGCUGUCGGCAUCGAGAUGGCGGCAGAGCUGAAGAUGAUCAAGCCUGACAUCAAGGUCACACUGGUCCACUCCAGGGCGAAGCUGCUCUCGGCAGAGGCUCUGUCCGACGAGUGCAAGGACAAGGCUCUCGAGCUCGUUCUCGAGGCCGGUGUUGAGACCCUCCUGGAGCACCGCCUCGCCUCUUCCAACAAGGUCGAGAACCCAGACGGUACGAGCAAGUAUGAGAUUGAGUUCACCAACGGCCACAAGAUGGUUGCUAGCCAGGUCGUCAUGGCCAUCUCCAAGAGUGUGCCUGCGACCGGCUACCUGCCAGCUUCGGCCCUCAACUCUGAAGGAUAUGUCAAGAUUGAGGCCAACCUCCGCUUGGCCUCGGACACUCCAAAUGCCAAGUUCCACUUCUGCGGUGGUGAUGCAGUUCAAUGGUCCGGCAUCAAGCGAUGCGGUGGAGCCAUGCACAUGGGCCACUACAUUGCACACAACAUCCACCAAUCCGUCAUCCAGGAGCGUGGUCUCAAGGAGGCCAAGUUCCAGGAGCUUGGAGAAAUCCCUGCCAUGAUUGGUCUUGCCGUUGGCAAGAAGGCUGUGGCCUCUGGUCCUGAGGGCACAGUCUCUGGCGAGGAUGUCAUGCAGGCCUACUUCCGUGACGAUCUCGGCUGGACAAUUUGCUGGGACUACAUGCAGCUGGGCGGAAAAAAAGAGGAAAAAAAGGAGGAGAAUUAA